GAAUCUUCUGUACAUACUCUUCGUAUUACGGCUACUACCAUUGAAUUUCUUGACAAUCAAGAAAACCAAGUUCAAAUAGAAUAUGCCCCUGAAUUGGUUGAAGGAGAUCGAAUGCCCCUUUAUAUUGAAGAUCUUCAUAGAUUAGGAGAUCCCGUAAAAGAACUUGACCAAUUAGAUCCGGUAACCUUACUCCAAUAUUAUUAUCAAUUAGGAGAAAGAAUGGCUGUGUAUAAUUGGAACUCUUAUGUUAGAGAAGAGAUGAAAGACCAAUUUACCUCGGGAAAAUAUCGUAACGCAUUAAGAACAGCUCGACGAGUAUAUACUCUUUAUAAUAUUAGAGGAGUACAUAACUUGCUGGUAACUCAACAUCUAUCCGCUAAUAUCCUACACGCAAUGAAUAAAGCAAAUUUUAAUACUUUGUGUGAAGAAGCUAAAAAGGGACUUGAAAAAGAGAAUGAGCAUUUAGUGAAUCAAAAUAUAAUGCUCGCAGGAGCUCGCGUUUAA